AUGAAGAAUAGCUCGUUGGCAUCUUCUUCGCAGGAUGCCAUUGGCUCGCGAGGAAAAGCUGUUGAAAAGGGCCCGUUGGACUCGAUAAACGUUGACUGGCUCACAAGGACCGAUUGUUCGAGCUCAAUCGCGAAUCAGAGCUUGUCGGCCGCUGCAGAGUCCCAGAAAACAGAGCACAAACCCGACACUGAUUCUAACGCUUCGAAAAUUACCUCUAAAGAUGCUUCAGUGGACUCAGCUGCAUCUUUGCCUGUCACUUCGCGCGCUACGUCGCCCGAAAUACAGAAUGGAUCGAAUGCAAUGGGCCGCAAUUUAGCGGCUCGUGGAUUUGAAAAGCCGCAUUUUCGAGAUCAGAACUACUUGGAUGGAAUAGAGUGCUCCAAACACCAUACGGUACGUCGCAGCAAUUCAAUUUCCAUGAACUCCAUGGGUCAUAUAGAAAACGAUGAACCGAAGUCUCAAAAGCCGAAUUUUCUUCGAUCCUUGUUCGGACGGAAAAAAAAGGAGGAGACCAAAAAACCACCAGCCAGACGAAGCAGCAUAAGUGCGAAGUCUGAGUACAGAAACUCGUCAAAGAACAGCAAUUAUGAUUCUCCGCCCCAAUCUCGAGAAAGGGAACAUAGCCCUGUAGUCAAAAAAGAUUAUGAGUUUAGCAAUGAUGGCACACCAGCCUCGACCCAGCCAGAGAUGGCGGUCAUAAGCAGAUCAAAAACCGUCCCAAUACACCCCGUCGAGGGCGAUCCAAAACUUGACGAAUUUUUACAACGCUAUAGGUCCACCCUCAAAGGUGGCACUUCUCCAAGCUCGAGGCCCAUUUCAGCGUCCAAACCUGUACGGCCCGACACAGGAAAAUCAAAGGCUACCUUUUCCAUAGACGAAGACGUGGAAACCUCCCAAGAAAACAAAUGGUCACAGAUUCGCGAUGCCAAAGGAAGGCCCAUUCCACCACAUCCUGCUAAAUCAAAUUUAGCUCCCGCCUUAAGAAGGCAAUACCGCUUCGUUCGCAAGGAUGCCCUGCGAAGAGCAAGGACAAAUACUUCUUCAUCAACUAAUAAGUUUGGUGCUUUCUUGAAAAGAGUUACUUCUCACACUGAGGAUCACUCGACAAAGGGUUCCUCUACUGACUCUGAUACGGAAACAAGUGAUGAAGAAUCUUCAGGGAACUUACAAAAUGACCGCGGGCCCACCAUUCCCGGUUUAGAGGACCUCAAGCCGUUGAAAAAAGUCGCUUUUGCUACCAACACAUAUUUCAAUGACCCUCCACAGCAGAUAUGCAGCAAAAAUCCAAGGAAAGGUGAAGUAGAGGUCAAUCCUGACGGAUCUGUCAUCAUUCAUCGAUUAACACCCGAGGAAAAGCGGGAAAUCUUACAAAAAACGACAUCCGGCAUUGUUGUGGGAGGAUCCGGUCAUCUCAAACUUCUUAGCGACCCAACAGUCAAUGAAAACGACAUCAAAAGACGAGAAGAAAAAAAGCCUGAUGUAGUUAUCUCCAAUGAAGAUGGGGCAGAGGCUACGAAUAAAAAUCAGUCCGAUGGUACUUCGAAAAGCGUGGGGUCUAAUGGCGAGAGUGUAUCGAAUGAAGACGACGUGUCUGUCAGUAAAAGUGCUGCCAAAGUGAAGAUCGACAAACCUAUGUUUAGCAGACGUUCGGGCUGCUCUCUCUCUUCCAUUGUUUCCACAAGUGAUGAUGAUGAUGAUGGUGACAAUGUAUAUCCGCCACGAGAUAUCAAGAUACCACAUGAUGUUACUUACACGCGAUGCUGCCAUCUGCGCGAAAUCUUACCUAUUCCUGCAACCCUCAAGCAGUUGAAAAAAGGUUCCACUGACCCAAUUCCGUUGCUCCAAUUGAGAAACCCGAAGCCGUCUAUGAUAGAGGUUUUAUCCUUCAGUGAUUUUUUGAGCAUAGCACCAGUUUUGUGCCUUUCUUUAGAUGGUGUUAGUUUAAGCGUCGAGAUGUUGACCAUCAUCUUAUGCUCAUUAACUCACAAAAAAGAGUUCGAGAAACUUUCCCUACGGAAUACACCACUUGACCACGAAGGUUGGCGCUUUCUUUGUUUCUUCGUAUCCAAAUGUAAGAGCCUGGGUGCUCUCGACUUAUCAAUGGUUCCAGGAAUGUCAAUAAAUGUUCAAAAGCCUUCGAAGUCAGCUCAAAAGUCUCGUGUCCCAAGAAUGGAGUGCUCUAUGGAAAGUAGAGAGGAUUCAAAUUGGGAUCUACUUACGGCAGCUUUGGCUACCAACGGAGGUCUCGAAGAGAUGAUUCUCUCUGGUGCAAAAAUGCCUCUCAAGCAGUUCGAAAACUUUAUUGAGCUCGGCUGUAGACGAACUACCCGACUCGGUUUGGCCUAUAAUUCCUUGACGACAGAAAAGUGUACUUUACUUGCAGAUUGGCUGGUUCGAUCUCAAGGUACAGGUAUCGACAUGGCUUAUAACGACCUUCGUGGAAAACUGGGUAGGUUUUCUGCCACUCUCAUUGAGAAAAUGCAGAGUAACAACAAUGUGUUCAAGUAUAUUUCUCUCAAUUCAGCGAAUUUAGAGGUACCCGAAGGCGCCGAAUCAAGCAACAAUGAGCUACUACGGCUAAUAAGUAGCCUUUGCUAUUGUGAUAACUUGAAGUUGCUUGACAUUUCCAACAAUCCCCAAAUCUUCCCUCAUAUCACUAGACAUCUUGCACACUAUUUGCCGGUCUUCGUCAAUUUGAUGCGAUUGCAGAUGGAUUAUAAUGACAUUCCUUCGAUGUCCCUAGUUGCUUUAGCUGAAGUCUUCCCCAUGUGUCAGAAGCUGAAUUAUGUUUCUGCUCGUGGGACAAAACUGGAUCGUGCAUCUGGCUGUGCAUUGGCUGCUGCCAUGUGCAAAAGUUCGUCACUGCUAACCCUUGACCUUGACUUAGAUGGAUUGCCGGAUAAAAUCAGAGAUAGAAUCUCUUUGUAUGGUAUUAGGAACAUGGAGUUGGCGAUAAACAAGGUAGAGGAAUGCAAUUUCAAGUCGAAAGGCUCCAAUGCAUUGGAUGGCUCACAAGGAGAUGUUUCUGACAAUUUAACAUUCCUGCAAAAGGAAUUAGCUGAGCUUCUAACCGAAAAACCAAUGAGCAAAGAAGAUCUUGGCGUUGUGGCCCAAAGCUUUGUUUUACGGUUAACUAAAGCUCGCUCCUUUAUUGAUAAGGUGACGGAAGAUUUGUUCAAGCUCAGAGUAGAGGGAAACCUGAGCACCAGUGGCAAAGAAACACUCAUCAGAUUUUGUUUUAUCGAUGCAACUUUUGAAAGAGGGUUGAGACUUUUGGCUCAGCGCUACAACAACAAAAUUGACAUUCCCAGCCACUCAGGUGGAUAUUUUGGGACAAUCAAUGAGCAGUUGCCAAGAGUGGAAUCGGGUGCAACGCUCUCCUCGACCUAUUUUGCUGGAAGCGGGCACUCGGCGCUUUUGCCCUUCCAACAUCCACCUAUCGAGUCCGCUGGAUCUGGUCCUGCUGAGGAUGCUGUUGAGAUCAAGGACGACGUCGACAUCAGCGGGGAUUCCCACGCGCGUGAUCAACUGAAAGAAGAAGGUACGGUUUUGCGUAAAUCUCAUGGCAUAAUAGAGCAUGCUGCGAAUAGUGCGGCAAACAGCGAUGGGGAGAUUGAUAAGAAAUUUUUGAAAACCAGCGAUUUGAAUGAUGUUGCGGAUCUUGACGGCGAAAAAAUCAAGGAGUUUAUUCUCACUCAAGACAUUUCUACUGUCGCUGGCCUCUUGCAAAAACUUCGUAAGCGUGGGGUAGACUUGAGCGACAUAUUCAAAAAACGACCAGACCAAAAACUUGCUACCGAUGCCCGUAAUACGGUCACAGGCGAACUUGACCCAAUUUCAAGAGAAUCGAGUACCGUUGUGGGGGUUCAGGCAAAUUUGCAGGAAGAAAAAGAGAGGCAGGCAAAUGAUUUAAGCGAUUCAGACUCCGAGCCUGACGUCGUUGGCGGCGGCGAGGCCAUCGAUCGUGUUUAUGACGAAGUUCUUGAUAAUAUUGAACGCGGCAGGAUUCCAAACAAAAAUUUGUUGACACAGCACGACCGUUCUUCAAAUCUUCAAAAAUGA